AGCUGACUUCAGCUUCAUAGCUGAAAUGGCAGGCAGUGACAACUUGUCACCUAACGUAAAUCUAGCAUGAUGUAAACCCAGCAUAAUGUAAAGCUGGCAUGAAGCCCUGUAAUACGGUCUGUGGAUAUUUAUGUUUUGGUUAUGUCGUCAAUUCAGAACGUAUAGAGUAUAAAGUUGGUCAGCACAACAUAUGAGCCACAUAAGACAGGUGAAAAUUUCAGUUUAAGAACAGGACGGCAAGGUUCGCCAUGAGGUCUCUUUUUUUCCAAGGAAAUGUAAAGGGAUGAGGAGGAAGUUCUGAGCCUGGCAGCGCAGGCAGACCAGCGAGAACAGCUUCAAACCGGUUUCAGCACCGGCCGGCCAACAAAAGCUGGCUGAGAGCUGAGAGAGAAAGGGAGACAGUGAAGAGAGGUAGGAGACAGUGCACAGAGCUGUGAUGAAGAACCCUGUAACGCUGUCUGUUUUUUACUGUCAUUGUUAUAAACCGUCAUGAUACUAACAUCACAUUACAUGGUGGUCCAGAGAGCCAGUUCACCAUCGCACUGCGCUCAUUAAAACUGCAUUAUUCCUGCCGGGUUGGCUGCACAGACUGGUAUUUUGGAUUCCUAGAAGAACCCAGCAUCUAAACAUGAGUCCUCAGAACUCAAAGAAAGCCCUGGAUGGGGGCUGGGGUUGGGCCAUUGUCGUGGCCUCCUUCAUGGCCCAGCUUCUGGCCUAUGGCUCCCCCCAGUCUGUAGGGGUGCUCUACCCAGAGUGGCUGAGUGCCUUCCAGGAGAGUAAGGGAAUGACUGCGUGGGUGGGCUCCCUGGUGUCUGGGGUCGGACUCAUUGCCAGUCCCAUCUGCAGUGCCUGUGUAGUGAACUUUGGGGCCAGGCCCGUGACCAUCUUCAGUGGUGUUAUGAUCUCCGGAGGCCUCAUGCUCAGUGCCUUCGCCCCCAGUGUCCACUUCCUCAUGUUCUCCUAUGGCAUAGUUGUUGGACUAGGCUGUGGGCUUCUGUAUGCUGCUACUGUAACCAUCACAUGCCAGUACUUUGACAAGAGACGUGGCCUCGCGCUUGGCAUCGUUACUACAGGUACAAGUGUUGGAGGAUUCCUUUAUGCCACUGCACAAAAUGAAUUCAUUGAGCUCUUUGGUCUUGAGGGAUGUCUGCUGCUCAUCGGCUCCUUCGCACUGAACAUCAUCGCCUGUGGUGGAUUGAUGAGGCCGUUGCACUUACCAGCUUACUACCUCAAACAGAGAGCUGCCCUGGUGGAAAAAGUUGAAGAGAAGCUUAAAGAAAGGCCCCUAGCCAGGGAGAGCUCCAUCAAAAAGAACCUACCCGUCACUGACCUGCUGAUCAUGAUAGACUCUAAAGACCCUCUGGCUUAUGAGAAGAGGCUACUGAGCUGCUCUGCUUUGGUGAAGCUGCUCAAGAAGAAGCAGAAGGCAUACUCAGAGUAUUUCCGCUCCAUGGCAGAGAGGCUGCAGGACCGUGUCUUUGUGGCCAUGUGCGUGGCUCUGUUCCUCUACAGUCUGGGGGCAUUUCCCCCGCUUCUCUUCUUGGAAGACGUGGCCCAGAGUGAGGGACUGAUCGAGGGCAUAAGUGUCAUCCCCCUGGUCUCCAUCAUCGCCAUGGCAGCCGGAGUAGGGAAGCUGCUGCUAGGCGUGGUGACGGACAUCCGCUGGAUGAACAGCGUGUUCCUUUAUGCCUUCACCCUGGUGGGCAGCGGUGCGGCUCUGCUGGUGAUCCCGGUCACCAAGAGCUAUGUUGGACUCCAGGUCAUCUCAGCGGUGCUGGGAUUCUUCUCAGGAAACUGGUCCAUCACACCCUACAUGACCACUAAGGUGGUGGGCAUAGACCACCUAACCGAGGCCUAUGGGAUCCUGAUGUUCUUCGGUGGAUUUGGAAUUAUGCUGGGACCUCCAGUUGUAGGCUGGUUCUAUGACUGGAUGCAGUCCUAUGACCUGGCUUUCUACUUCAGCGGGAGCUGUGUGCUGCUGGGUGGAGUGCUGCUGCAGCUCUGUGGCCUGUCCUGCUGGAACAACAGCCAAGAUGAAGACGCUAAAGCUGACGAAGAGUGCACUCACGACUGUGAAAAAGUGGCUGCUGUAGCCUGAAGUACGAAUGCACAACCUUUUCUUUGCUGUGUUCUGCCUCCCAAAGACCUUGAAUGAACAGGAGGCUGAUUUUGGUUCAUUUAUUUUUACUAUGAGGUGUUUUGCCUUAUUGUUGAUGUAUUUGUUCCUGUGAUUUAGUUCAGAUUGUCUUUUUGAAGAUACUAUGUUAAACUGAUGGACGUCAGCUUGUCCUCAGUAGUUUUUCAUAGCCUUGUUUUAUGAGGCUCCAGCAUACGAAGGCAAGAUUUUAGAAAUGGUUUGUUCAAUCUAUUAAUGCUGUUCGUUAUGCUUGAAAUGCAUGUCCAGGCCACUACUUUUAUAUGCUGGUAAUUGGGAUCACAAUGUCAUGCCAAACUGAGAAAUAUUUUAUUUACAAGACAAAUAAGAUCCCAAUAUCUGAGGUGGUUGUAUUGAUUUUUUUACACAUAUGCAACACUACACCAACAGUUUAAACAGUGUAGAGAUGACUUUGGAGUGUUUUGUUCGGUUAAGAAUGGCGUCUUGACGUUUCAUCUUGUGUUUUCUACCAAAGUUGUUUUUUGUUUUUAAGGACUGAGUUGACAAUCUCAUAAUGACAUACCGUAAAACAAGAUGUCUUUGUUCAUGCUGCUUCAUCUGUGGAAGUCCUAUAUUUUUCAUAUAGUUUUGGCCUUUUUAGAUCAGGUGACAAAUCUGAUGAUUCAGAAUGGUUUUGUGUGUUGGAUGAAGUUAUUAGCUGAGCUUGAUCUUUAAACAAAUUGGUAUAAAGCAAUAUGUACAUGUAAAUGCGGUAACCAUUUUUUUGUCACUUGUUUGUUUCUAUUUGUAUACUCUUUGACCUAACUCUUGUAGAAUUGUUUUUUACUUGCACUGAUGUAGACUGCACAGUGUUUGUAUGAUUUGUUUGUCUUUUAGCUGACUUUAAGAAAAUUUUUUACUUGAAACACGUCUCUACGAUGUUAGUAUUGUAGAUAUUUUCUUUGGUUAUGGUGCCGGCAGGUGUGAUGAACCCUUACACUAUCUUAAACCACAUGAAGCCACCUGUGUUAUUUAUGUAUUUAUGUUUCUAAUGUCACUGUCAAUUUGUAAGGUGUUUUUUUUUAGAUAAAAAUAAAAAAUGACAUAGAAGAUCAA